AAAGUCAACGUAGUCGCAUUCUGUGAGGGAAGCCAUGGAAUUCCAUCAGCCUCAGUACCAGUACCGGUAAUGGAAAAUAAUUCUACUACCAGACCACAUGACAGUGAGAACGGGUCUCCUAUAAGCUACAGUGAUCCGCCUCCGACCUACGAAGAAUUGUGUACCGUAUACGCUGUCACUAAUCCACAUACGCUGUUUCACCCACCCAGCUAUAAUGAAGUGGUUUACGGAAAGUAUGGCAUUAACCCCUGCAGUGCUGUCGUGAACAGUGAUAACAAUACCAAUUCCAGACAGACACCUUCUGCCGAUAGACCUAAUAGACCGGGUGUUCGUGAUUGUCUACAGGUUCCAGAGAACAGACCUAGGACUACAACAAUUAACCGCACUAAGAUCUGUAUUCUUGUCACAGUUGGCCUGAGUGUACUUGGCAUAAUCAUACUUAUUGUUACACUUACGAUGGGUAACUACAAUCUAGAUGACUACGUGAUUGAAGAUUUUUAUCACAAACAAGGGAAAGUAGCAAGUUGUCUCAACUCUACAGACUGCUGGGUAAAGUACAAUUUCCUGUUUGAAGACAACUGGAAUGAUUGCCAUGGUGACCAGUAUGUCAAGAAAACUACAUAUAAAGUUGGGAAAUAUGUUGGAGUAAUUCUCUGUUCACCUAACCGAUAUAAGCUGUUUCUCUCUGAUUCGCUCACUGAUCGGUUUCUCAAUAUCGGAGACCGCAAAGGAAGCGGAGAAGAUCAUUGCGAGUUUAUAGGAAGUAGAAAGAAUGCAAUCUCAAUUGACAAUAACUUCUGGCAUUCGCCUGGAACAAUAGGCUACAUACGUUCACGUCGAGGAAAGACUCCCUCUAAAGGCAGAAUUGGAGGUGGGACAGGAGCCACGUGGACCGGCAACUAUUAUGGCAAGUGGAUUGAAUGUGGUGUCAGCAUUCCUGGAAACAGUCGCGUGGUUACAGGGCCAGGAGCACAAGAAAGAACGACAGAACCUCCAAUUGAAGAACCGAUGCCAAAACCAGCCAAUCGGUGUAUAGGAAGCUAUUGUCCUGGGUCCUAUGAAACCGGUGCUAAAUGUGUCCACGGAUAUUGUGUUUGCUCUUUACCCGGCUACAACUACUUAACUUGUCUUCCUGAACAUGACGGAUGCUCAAUAGAACGAAACAAAGAACCACGGGCAGUUCCUUCAUUUCGUGGUGAACGACGGUCAUCUGUGUAUAGCUGUAUCAACGAAGACAGUUUGACCCUGUCACCCGAGGUGCACGUGCUCAGUUGCUACGAGAACAUCAACCGCAGACCACCACGUGCAGCUGUUACCGUGGUGGACAUACAGGGCAAUACAUCCAGACCCGUGGUUCUAGUCCUGUCAACGUACGAACCUGUUGCCUGGAGAAUUAACGUCCCUGUUGGGCUGACCAUCCAGAAAAUUCAAAUAAUUACUUACUAUGUGGCCCAAAGUUCUGUGACCGUGGUGAACAGUGGAUCGAAGCCGCCAGUUGAGAAAAGUAGCGACAUCUCUUCUGGUUAUGGCAGUGAUGAUGGCGGAGGUCAGACACUGAAGAUGCUAAAAGAAGUCAAGUCCUUGUUUGGUCAUGUGACUUCCUUUUCUGGGACAUACAAAGUGGACCACUGGUCACUGAAAGUUGGCAGUUAAAUGAUCCAGCUUAGUGUUAGGGGCCGUUUGGAAAUUAUAGGGUACAACAUUUGGCAUUUGUAAUACCCCUUCCCAUCUGUGUAAUGUUUUAUAAAGCGCCCCAUACAGAACUGUUUACUGCAUAAUGCCACAGAAACAAGAUAUUUUGACAUUAAAGGAAGUUUGUCCUGCAUACUAAGUAACCCAGUUAAACUACUAGACAUGGCUUUUAUUAGAAGGUGAAGGUUAUUUAAUAUUUGGAUUAAAGCAAGUUAAUUAAGAAGGGAAGUUCAUCAUUUGUUCUCUCCAGGUCCAACCAUCUGUCUUUCUGCCCCACAUAUAAUUUUUGGAUGUUUUUUCCACAAUGCCUCAAGAUACUGAGCUGACAUUUUGUACACAGCUUUAUCAUGUACAGUUACAGAUCAAGUUUGACUUUGAAUGCUCAGAGCACGUAAUGCAGUGAAAUAAAACACAGUUUCUAAUAAUCACCAUUUCUAAAGCAGUGGUGUUUUAGCCCCCGUCCAUUGCAACUACUUGACUUGUAUAUCACUGUCAUACUAUGCAGGAGCAGAUCCAGGGGGUGGCUAGAGGAGUGCGCACACCUCCCCAACUUUGAAGUGCUCUGAAAAUCCAGUUUUUAACAGAUGAAUAUAAUUAAUUAAUUAGUCACCAAUCGGUUGUCAACCUGAGUGGAAUACAGGUUCUAUUUCCCUUCUUAUAGUUCAAGUUUGUUUUGUUUAACAACACCACUAGAGCACAUUGAUAAUUAAUCAUCGGGUAUUGGAUGUCAAACAUUUGGUAAUUCUAACAUAUAGUCUUAGAGAGUAAACCCGCUACAUUUUUCCAUUAGUAGUGUAACAAAUUUGUAUAUUUCCAAUAGUUCCCUGAAUAAUCUGAUUUGUUGUCUGUCCUUUUUCUACUUAUGUUUGGUUUCUUAAUUUUAUUCUUGGUUUCUGAACUUCUUAUACUAACAUCUUCUAGCACCCUAUUAGCACUUUAAUCAGCCUUCUAUGAAUCAGAUUAUUGAUGGGUAAAGUUACAGGAACAAUCAUUCAGAUCCAUUGAUUUUCCAAACAGUGGCAUGAGACCAUAUAAUGUUGUAAUGUUUAGGCUUGGAUUUUAUAGUUAAUAUCACGUUGUGUAAUAUUUGGGGAGGGGUUAAACAAUAAUAAUGUUAUAUUGUAUUUUGGGAUAUCAUUUGAGAAGAUAAUUAAGUUAGAAUUGUUUAUUUUAUUUACGUAAUUUUUGUUGUAGCGAUGUAUAAUUUUCGGCAAUAUUCGGCUAUAAUUAAGUUGUCGUUAAUCUUCGUUAUUUCUACGAAGAAUUGUUAUGAUAGGUUAACCAAUCGUCAUGUCCGAUUAAUGUCAUGUCAUUAAUUUGGACCAAUGAGAGCCAUUCCAUGUAUUAAUGCUAGAUUUGUCCAUUCGUUGACUCACUUCUGACUUUCCAACCACAGGUACAUGUGUGUUUGUU